UCGAAAGACUCUUUCAAACAAUAUUGAAGUUUUUCUUCCAUUAAACAAAUCUUGUUUCAAUUCAAGAGCAGAAGAGCAACGUAUGCAUUUCUCAAAAGCUUUGUUAACUUUGCAUGUUAAUGGAGGAAUCUAUGCUAGGUCGGUGUAUUAGCUCACCUAAUCAGACGGCACAAUGCUGUCGGCUGUGCCAAAAAAAAAAGGGCAAAAUUUGAUCCAGCGACCUCCCAUUUCGAAUGCAUUGACUUCAUCAAUAAGCCUGCAUAUUUAUGUGUAUUAUAUUGUUUUUUGUUGAUUUUGGUCAAGAUUAGUACAGCUAACAGCUCUUCAAACGCUCCUUGAAACUAGGCCCCAGUGUGGUGCCCAUGAUGUAGUAUAAAAGUGCAUCAGCUCAGUCCUAAAUUAUCACAAGCUCUUGGCUCAGAGUUUAUGGUGAGUAGAGAGUGAUAAUAAGGUUCAGUUUGAGAGGUUUAAGAUGGCCAUGAGAAUUGGGAGUUUGAGUGUUUUCAUAGUGUGUUGUAUGUCAAUGUUGUGGUCAUCUGUCUCACAGCCUCUCUAUAACAAUGAUUUGAGUCCAGAGUUCUAUGAAAGUUCGUGUCCAAAUGCUGAGCAAAUUGUGAAGUCUGUCGUGCAGAAUGCUGUGAUGAAGGAAGCCAGAAUGGCGGCUUCUUUGCUCCGUCUUCAGUUCCAUGACUGUUUUGUCCAGGGGUGUGAUGCAUCACUGUUUCUGGACGACAGUGCCAAGAUUGUGAGCGAAAAGAAUUCAAAUCCCAACAAAAAUUCAGCCAGAGGAUUCGACGUAAUCGACCAGAUAAAGAGUGAGUUGGAGAAGGCAUGCCCAAAAACUGUCUCCUGCGCAGACAUUCUUAUCAUUGCCGCUCGUGACUCUGUUGUCUUGAGUGGAGGACCCAGUUGGGAAGUUACAUUGGGGAGAAGGGAUUCCACAAGUGCAAGUUUGCAAGGAUCAAACAAUAACAUCCCUGCACCAAACUCAACCCUGCAAACUCUUAUCACUAAGUUUAAACGCCAAGGUCUGAAUGAGGUUGACCUAGUAGCACUUUCAGGCAGCCACACCAUUGGUCAAUCUCGUUGCACAAGCUUCCGACAAAGGCUGUACAACCAGAGUGGAAAUGGGCAGCCCGACUUCACCCUGGAGAAGAGUUAUUCCACUAAGCUGAGAUCUGUGUGCCCACAAUCAGGAGGAGACAACAAUCUCUCCCCAUUGGAUGCAGUAACUCCUACCAAAUUCGACAACUACUAUUUCAAGCUAUUGCUGAGCAACAAAGGACUGUUGAAUUCUGACGAGGUUUUGUUCACCAAGGGGCAAGUAAAAACAAUGGAGACUGUGAAAUUAUAUGCGGAACAGGAGGAGGUGUUUCUGAAGCAAUUUGUGGAAUCGAUGAUUAAGUUGGGAAAUAUGAGUCCCCUCACCGGCAAUCAAGGGCAGAUCAGGACUAAUUGUCGCUCUGUUCUGUAGCACUCUAUUGAAACCCACUUUGCAAUGAUUUUUGCCGCCAUGAAUGAGUCAGAGAUCGUUAGUAUGCAUUUCUUUUUACUGUUUCGGCGGACUUUAUGCCCCACCCAAUAAUCCUUAUAUCUUUGUUGUCCUCUAAAAUAAUGAUUUGUGUUUCCCAAUUAAUAAAAGUUUUGAUUCUCCCUUUC